AUGGAUACCAUCUAUGAUCUCAUUGAAGAGGCCAAGCUCCGUUUUCUCUGGUGGGCUCUUUGUAUAUUCGCCAUUUCCUAUUUCUUCACUCACACAAGUAAAUCCAUGUGGAUGAAUAUACCAAUGUCCAUUCUAGUUUUUGUUGCUCUGCGCAUUCUUGUGAACAAGGUGGAGUUCCGUUGGAAGGUUCAGCCCCCAAGACCACAGACUUACCUAUCUCAUUUGGAGAAAAAACAGUUGUCUCUGAAUGAUGCAUGCCUUUCUACUUCACCUCCCCCUCCCAAAUGGAAGAAGAAGAUUGAUUCUCCUGUUGUGGAGGCUGCCUUGAAUGAUUUCCUAGAUUUGAUAUUGAAGGAUUUCGUUAUAAAUAUGUGGUACUCAGACAUUACUCCAGAUGGGGAGUUUCCUGAGCAGAUACGUGACUUAGUCAUGGAUGCUCUUGCUGAAGUGUUAGUUAGGGUUAAAGAGAUAAACCUUGUUGACUUGCUCACGAGGGAUAUAGUUGAUUUAAUAAGUGAUCAUAUAGACCUUUUCAGAAGAAAUCAAGCUGCUAUAGGUGUUGAUGUGAUGUUAACAUUAUCUUCUCAGGAGAGGGAUGAAAGAUUGAAAUUUCAUCUGUUGAAUUCUAAGGAGCUUCAUCCAGCAUUAAUAUCUCCAGACAGUGAGUACAAGGUUCUUCAGCGGCUAAUGAGUGGGGUAUUAGCUACAGUACUCAGAAAACCAGACGUUCAAUGUCCUGUGAUUCGAUCUAUAGCUCGGGAAAUUUUAACUUGCCUGAUAUUGCAACCUGUAAUGAAUUUGGCAAGCCCUGGGUAUAUCAAUGAGGUGAUUGAAUCUCUUCUACUUGUCCUUAAUGCUGAAGGUAUGAAUUGGAUGGGUGGUGGUGAUCAGUCUACUAGUGCUACAACUCAUAAUAAUCAUGGUCAUUCUGUUGCUGGCAAUGGAAAUGAUAAUCACACAGCCUCUGCUGAUUGGGCACAAGUGCUAGAGGCUGCAACUCAGAGAAGAACCGAAGUUCUUAUGCCUGAGAAUCUUGAGAACAUGUGGACAAGAGGAAGGAACUACAAAAGGAAAAAGAAUAAAAAUGUCAAAUCUGCAAAAAAUCUUGCUACAUAUAGUUCACUGCCUGAUAGAAAUUUGGCUCAGGAAACAUCAGUGAGUAAACCUGGAACAUGUCCAAUUCCAAAUGGAAAGUCUUCACUGCAUACUGUGGGUUCAGAUCCCCUACUAAAUGUUGGAAGCACAAAUAGGUCAGAGUCUUUGCCGGAUCCUGACAAGGAACUAUCUUCUGAAACAGAUCAUCAAGUUGAUGAAGUGAAGGAGACCAAGGAUCUCACAUCUAAUAAGAAUAAAAUUCCACUCAAGAGAUGUAACAGUGCUUCUGUCUUGGGAAUCCAACCUCAUAAAGGAGGGUCCACAAUGUCAGAGUCCUACACCCCCGAAUUUGAGAAGCAUGGUGAAGGAUUUCAGGGAAAGAGUAGUUCUGACAUGGUCAUUAGGAGAGAGGGACAAUUUGCUCCCAAGCUUCGUUGCCGGGUGAUGGGAGCAUAUUUUGAGAAACUCGGUUCCACAUCAUUUGCUGUCUAUUCAAUUGCUGUGACUGAUGGGCAAGAGAAAACUUGGUUUGUAAAAAGAAGAUACAGGAAUUUUGAGCGAUUGCAUCGACAUCUAAAAGAUAUUCCUAAUUACACAUUACAUUUGCCUCCCAAAAGGAUAUUUUCCUCAAGCACAGAGGAUGCUUUUGUCCAUCAGCGUUGCAUUCGACUCAAUAAAUAUCUCCAGGACCUCCUGUCAAUAGCUAAUGUUGCUGAACAACACGAUGUAUGGGACUUUUUGAGUGUUUCCUCAAAGAACUACUCUUUUGGGAAAUCUUCUUCAAUGAUGAGGACCCUGGCAGUCAACGUAGAUGAUGCUGUAGAUGAUAUUGUACGCCAAUUUAAAGGCGUUUCAUAUGGUUUAAAGCGAAAAGUUUCUAGUUCAGCAUCCUCCACCAUUGAAGGUUCUUCUACAUCUUCCACUUGGAACAUGCACUUGAAUGUGGAUGAAAUGGAUAAAAGUAUUUCAAGGCAAAAUGCUGCAGAGAGUGUGUUAAGCUCUGAUUAUGAGGAAGGUGAAAAAGAAGUUAAUUUUGGCCAUGAGAAUAUUGAUAGAGAAGUAGCAGAAGAUAAUGGGUGGCAUUCUGACAAUGAAUUGAGCUCGAAGGAUCAUUCACAACAGCUAAUAAACCAUGGUAAUGAGUCUAGUAAACUGGAUCUAGAUAGAAAUCAUGAUGUGGUUAUGGAAGCUACGAUUGGCAAGGAUGUUCCAGCGACAAAUUCCACUCUAAUUCCUAAUAAUGUAGAGGAUCCAGUUGGAGUGCCACCUGAGUGGACCCCACCUAACGUGAGUGUCCCUAUUUUGAAUUUGGUGGACAACAUAUUUCAGCUUAACAAAAGAGGCUGGCUAAGAAGACAGGUCUUUUGGAUGUCGAAACAGAUAUUACAGUUGGUUAUGGAAGAUGCUAUUGAUGAUUGGCUCCUGAGGGAGAUUCAUUGGCUCCGGAGAGAGGAUACCAUUGCUCAAGGGAUUCGGUGGGUCCAAGAUAUCCUCUGGCCUGGUGGUACUUUUUUUUUAAGAGUACAGACCCCUCAGGUGUUAAUUGGUGGCAGUGUCAUUGAUCAAAAGCCUUUACAAACCACAAGUGUCUCCGGGGGAAGCAAGAUCGCCAAAUCAGAGUCAGGGUCUUUUGAGCAACAGCUUCAGGCUGCUCGUAGAGCAAGUGAUUUGAAGAAACUGCUUUUCGAUGGAGCUCCAGCAACCUUAGUCAGCUUAAUUGGGCAGAAACAGUACAGACGUUGUGCUAGUGAUAUAUAUUACUUUAGUCAGUCUUCUGUAUGCGUGAAGCAACUUGCUUAUGCAAUCCUUGAACUUCUACUUAUAUCACUCUUCCCGGAGUUGCGAAAUGUUGUCAUGAGUGUUCAUGAGAACAUGCAUGUUCACCGACCUGUAUAGAGUUCCUUAUCUGCCCGGAUUCUGUUCAAGAUCAGUUCAUUAGAUUGAGAAGACAUUGUUUUUUUUCAUUGUUAUGGCUUUGCUGGCUAAUAGUCUUUUUUAUAAGCUAGAACAAGAGCCAUGAUUGAUGGUUUUUUUUUCCACUUGGGAACUUGGGGAAUUGUUUUGUAAACUUAG